AUUCUGGGUAAGCCUGCACCGCAGGUGUUAUUCACCCCAAGAGCUUUGGAAAUCGCUUGAAAUAUCCAGGCAACACCAACAAGAGAAUCUGGCCGAAACAUUUGUGGUGAUGGCAGCAAUUGGCAGAGAUACUAUCUCCAUGUGUUUGCAAUAAAUCUACACCCGGAUGGUUUGGUCACACUCGCACUCUACAACCCCAAUAUCAAUAUCCCCGCCAGCAGAAUGGUGCCCCUCCCUCUCUUCAAGUUCGCAGCUCUAUUUGUCAGACACAUUUCGAAAUAUGGCGCGGUAGGAAUUUCCGAGCAAUUCCAUGCUAAUCUUCCAAAGCUGAUUCUUUUUAGAAUUGGAUCAAAGUGCAAGCUCACGACCACCCGAAGUUCCGAACCAUUGCUGCUCGAUAUGGACAGACAAUGCACCAGAUCAACAUGCGAAUGGCAGUAACCCUACUUCGAGAUGUCGCCGCAGAAAAAAGAGCCAAGGAGCAGGCAGAAGCGCCUACAGUCAAGACCGCGGAACAAAUGAAGCAGGACGAGAUUAAAAAGCAAGAAAGGAAGGCUGCACAAGCCGUAAGUCCCUGGAGAAGGAAGUUCAGGCCACUGCCAGAGAACAAAGCUGUUGAUCUAUUUGCGGAUGUCAUUGGGGACUCGUUCAUUCUUUUGGUGGCGGGUGGAUUGAUCAUGUACGAAUUUGUACGGAGUAAGGGGAAACCGGAUCACAAUGCCGAGAAGAUAGCCCAGUUACAGGAGAAGUUGGAAGAGUUGGAUAGAAGAGAGAAAGAAUUGGAAGAAGCAGAGAAGAAGCAAAAGGCUCGAGUCGAGACAAUGGAGCAGGCUAUUGAAGAAAUGAAAAGGUUAACUGCUGAAGCAAAGAGCAAGAAAUCCUUAUUUUCUGCGGCAUGA